CUUCCUCUGGUUAGCCCUUUUCCAUUCAACUUCCUAUAUAAGGCAAAGCUGAACAAAACCCUUUUUCUUAUGAGUCCAUCCCAAGGAAAAAGAACACAAGUAAGAAGCAGCAUCCAAGUUGGUGGAGUUGUACCAUAGUUUAUCUCUGAACUACUGAGGGAAACAGACUAAGAUCGUGUCAGGUAAAACAUUUGUUUUUCUGAAGGCAGACUUAUGUAUUAUCACAACCAGCACCAAGCGAAAAACACCAUCUCUACACCAAGAAUGCCUAUGCCUUCUGAAAGACACCCAUUCCUUCGAGGAGGGAACAGCCCAGGAGAUUCUGGUCUCAUCCUCUCAACUGAUGCAAAGCCAAGACUAAAAUGGACGCCGGAUCUUCACGAGAGAUUUGUCGAAGCAGUCAAUCAGCUCGGUGGAGCAGAUAAGGCUACUCCUAAGGCAAUCAUGAAAGUCAUGGGCAUUCCAGGCCUUACCUUGUAUCACCUCAAGAGUCAUCUUCAGAAAUACAGGCUGAGCAAAAAUCUUAACGGACAAGCUAAUAGUGUUUCAAACAAGAUGGGUCUAAUGGCCAUGGCGGAAGAAAUGAGCCCUGAUACAAGUGAAAUUCACACCGAGAGUUUAAGCAUUGGGCCACAGACAAACAAGAACUUACCCAUAAGUGAAGCGCUGCAAAUACAAAUAGAGGUCCAGAGAAGGCUCCAUGAGCAACUCGAGGUACAGCGACAUUUGCAGCUCAGGAUAGAGGCUCAAGGAAAAUACCUGCAGGCGGUUCUGGAGAAAGCCCAAGAGACAUUAGGAAAGCAGAAUUUAGGUACAGCUGGGAUUGAAGCUGCCAAAGUUCAACUCUCUGAACUGGCAUCUAAAGUAUCGGCUGAAUACUCAAACGCUAAUUUCGUAGAACCAAAGGAACUGCAGAGUCUACACCCUCAACAGAUGCAAAUGACCUACCCUCCCGAUUUCUCCUUAGACAGUAGCUUGGCCUCCCGAGAAGGAACCCAAAGAAGCCCGAAAAUGCUUGAGAACAGAUUGGGACUAAGACCAUAUCUCAGUGAUUCAACAACAGAGCAAAAGGAGAUUGCCGAAGAACCAUUGUUCCAGCGGAUGGAGCUCACCUGGCGAGAAGGCCUCAGAGAGAACAAAACGUAUAUUUCCCCAAUGGCUGAUGACAGAGAAACAAGACUAUCUUCUUCAGAGAGAUGUCCCGGCAAUUUGUCCAUAGGAGUAGGAUUGCACGGACACAGAGGACACGGCAAUGCUGAUUAUGCAGAGGAAAGAAUCAAGAAGGAUGAGGAAAGAAUCCAAAAGGGCUUGGACUCAACAACAGAGCUAGAUCUUAACACACACGAUGGAAACUAUGGCACAGCUCGUCCAAAGCAGUUCGACUUGAAUGGUUUCAGCUGGAACUGAGAAGGUUCGCCGAAGCCAAGAGAGUUUGAAUGAGCUACAACCAUUUUUGAGUUCAUCCCCGAAGCGGAGAAGCUGUUGGCCCGGGGAAUUCAUAUAACUUGAAUCAGUCAAGUCAAUCUAUAAACCACAAAAACAAAGACAACUUGAGAGCACAAUGUAUCGAGCUAUUCAUUUGUAUAAUCUCAUAUAAACAGACAAUUUCCUCUGACUACAAUGCAAGAUAUCCCUAUUCUUGAGGGAAUAAAGGCUAAUGAAUCCUCAAGAAUUAUAUAUAAUACACAUGCUUCUUAUGA